AUGCCCCAGGCAGCGAAGAAGGAAAUCUCCUCCCAACGACAGCAGGACAAGGAGUCUAAACGCGCCAGAGGCGCCCUCUCAUGUGCAGAAUGCCGUCGACUGAAGCUCAAAUGUGAUAAAACUGUUCCAUGCUCAAGCUGUAAACGACGCGGAUGCUCCGCAAUUUGCCCCAAUGGGAGUCUUAUUACUGGACAGGGCACGCGAUUUGUACUUGCCGACACGGAAAAGCUUCACCACAAGAUCGCCACCAUGAGCGACCGAAUCAGGCAUCUGGAGGACGCGCUUGCCGUUCUGCAAAGCACAGUCACCCCAGAACCCCACCCUCUCCUUACGCGCGAACUUCUGAAGAUCAAGUCCAGCAUCGAACUGCAUGCAGCAAUUGAUGAUGUAGAUGCUGAUAUAUCGAAUCCUAUACCAGAAGGAGAACAACCCGAAAACGUAGAGGAUUAUAUCGAUGCAUUUGGGACAUUAGCAAUUCGGGAGGAUGGAGCAGCGACUUUCUACGGUAGAAGUGCUGGUCAUGAGAGUCUCUUGGCGGGGUGAAGUUCCGCAAGAUUCUCCCUCUCCUUCUCCCGCUAUGUCUACCAUGAUGGGCCCACAACGGCAUGACAGUCUUCCCCUCAGCCCAUCGUCUUCUCUGGCCGGCUUUGCCGCCUCUUUCCCCUUCUCCAGGUCAUCAAUGAGUCUUCCUGCGGGAAUUGACCUUGAUUUCUUGGCCGCAAGACUACCGCCUUUUACCGAAAUUCAUCGGUUAUGCGAACUGUACCUCACCCAAGCGCCGUGGUUUUUCGGGGCCGUUACGCGCUCCCAAUUGUCGGAUGAAAUCCUGCCUUUGUGGUUUCCCGAUGAUGCGCCACGACCGGCUUCCGCGCCGACUCUAGCGGGUGGUGGCGGACGGGGACUGAGCCCACCACCGGUGGGAACGGCGCAUGAUCUCGCAUUGCUCUACGUGAUACUCUGCUUUGGCGCGUUGGCAGACAGCAGUCUCCCUUUCCCGAGCGCUUCUAAUGAAGCUAUCUCGUCAAUGGACGACUUUCGCCCAGACUCACGCGGAGGGUAUGAUUCUGGGCACUACUACAAGCUAACGAAAGCUUCUUUAACCCUCGAGCCCGUGCUGGAAGGCCCCCCAAGCGUUGCGACCGUACAGACGUUGGCACUGAUGGCGAUCUACGAGGGACUCCGUGCCGGAGAGAAUAGCAUCGAAAGCACCUGGGCGAUCUUUGGGAUGUCCACUAAGUUAGCGCAAAGCGUAUGUUAGUCCUUGACGAAAACGAAGAUGCUGAUGCAUUGUCUUAGCUUGGCCUUCGUAAAUCCCUUCUUUGUCAGACUCCAUAGCGCAGUUCGUUGACUUAAUGUCUAGAUCGCGAUUGUGCUCGGUGGGGCCUCAAGCCGGCUGAGGUUCAGAAACGUCGCGCACUGUUUUGGGAGCUGUUUAUUACCGAUUGCUGGCAGGUAAGGAUGCUGAUCUUUCCGUUGGAACCCUUUAUCAUGAGACACACACUAGGCGCUCGCAACGGGCCGGCUUCCGACCUUCUCCCUUCCAUUUGUCGACUGCGAGCUACCGCAAGAUGUGGAUGAGACUAUUGCAGAUGACGGCAAGCCGCAGUCCUCAUGUGAGUUAUUGUUUCCAUCUGAAGCUUCCCGCCCUGCGGUUCCGCUUUGGAAGGCAUGCUAGCGAUAAGACUAAUAUAUGUUGCAUUAUCCAGUUCCUUUUUGGAAAGCGCGUUUCGGUGCCGAAUGCCUUUCCGCGGUCGUGCAAGGGACGCUGACUUCACGGGCUCCGAGGUACUCAAUCAUUCUCGAACUCGACCGGAAAGUCCGCGACAUGGAAUUCCCAAAAUAUGCCACGGGAUCUCCCCCAGAAGGUGCCGGGUUCACACCAACGAUGAGUCACUUCAUGCCCUUCAACUAUAGGCAAUGGGGUGCGUUUUUCUUUCGUCGAUAUUAGUAUCAUGCUGACCCACUUUCAGCCCUAUUGUACAUUCACCGCUGUUUCUUCGCUCAUGCGAUUCAAAACUACCCGAAUGACCCCAUCAAAAGCCCAUAUGCGCCCUCGUUUUUGGCCGGUUAUCGAAGUGCAUGCGAUCUUCUAAGUUCGCUGCAGCUACAAUUUACCGCUUUCCCCACCGAAAUCGCGCGUUAUUGGGUUCUCUGGACACAUGCAUUCUCUUCAUCGGUGAGUUGCCAUCGAGUCAAUGUCUCCACAACGGGCUAAAUGGAUCAUAAGAUAAUGCUGUCCUCGGUCGUUACACAUGCGACGCGUUCCAAAGUUGCGAAAGCAGCGUUACUUGAGCUGGGAAAGGCGUGCCAACUGUUUGAAGCAGCGGCCCAUAUUUGUCCUGGCUCCCGGGCCGGGAAAUUCUUGCCCAUUUUGCAGCGGGUGUCGAAGCGCGCCGCGUCGUUAUACGAGGAUGCGCUUAAUGGUGCUCCAGCACCCAUCCCAAAUAACAUAUUUGAGCCGUCAAAGGUAGAGCCCAACGACGAGCUAUCGAUAUUCAGUGGCAAGACACACACUGUCACAACAGUCAAGAAAAAGGCCCAUAACGCGCCGUCUCCGCCAUCCGCUCGGUCCACAUCUGAUUCUCCGACCCAACAGCCGCAGGUUGUCACAGACAACCCGUCGUUUGCAGGUGUCCACCCGAAUCUCGUCAAAGAGCUCAACGGCUUUGACGUGACCCUGAAUGCCCAGAUCCAAAAUGCCUAUCAGUCGAAUAGCUUGUAUACGGAACAAGUGCUGGGCCACGGGCAGCAGUAUCCGAUGCAAUCUUCUUAUCAACAACAACAAAUGCUACACGAACAAGAAGAGUAUCGACGACAACAACAACAAGAAAGCGAGAUGCAGUACCGUCAAGAUGCCUACAGUCGGCCCUCGACGCAUGCGGGUUAUGAGUCAUAUGCGCCUUCGCCCAUUUCACCGGCCCACUCCCAGAGCCAGACCCUGAUGCAUUCAACAUCCCAUCGGAGUCUCCGGCAGGUUUCCUAUCAACAACAACAGCAACAACAACAGGACAUCCCCAUGCCCCCCAGUCGCUCCCUCUCGCACUCUCAGUCCCAGCGCAGCCUCCGCGAAUCGUACAGCUCCUCCCGCCAAGAGGUGUUCGCCUACGACCCCGCGUCAUCUGUGCAGACUUCGCUGCCAAUGUCUGGUUACGUAAACGAGCCCCGCACUGCCUCUUAUCAAACCCAAGCGCAGCCAUCGGCGCAGUACUGGGCCCCCGCGUACCCGCAAGGUCAGCCAGAGCACCACUAUGAGCAACAUCGGGUCCCAGUCGACCAGAAUCAAUACUUGCGCCAAAUAAACCUGCAGGUUGAUCCGGCGUAUGAGCAUCACUACACCCCUGAUGGCGCGAUGCGGGGACUCGCGGCCGAAGACCCCAGACUCCAGGAACACUGGCAGGUGUACAUGUCCAAGGUUUGUCUUGCUCUCUUCCCUUUUUCCCCUACUCACGUCCGCCGAGGUCGGGUCUCCGCGUAUGAUUCAAGAUCCUUGA